GCCAGCAGUUGUCAAGACCCUUCUAGGACAAAAUCAGUAGAACUCAUGUCAUUUCACUGACUCACAUAUCCAUUUUUCUCAAACAACACUAAACAUUCAUAUAGAAUGAACAUUUGAAAAAGAUAAAAAAAAAAAAACACAAUAUGUCUGAAAGUAUGAGCCUCACUUCACUCCCAUCAGCUUCUUCCAUUUAUCAACCAACUAUGUUUAAUUAUGAACGCCCAAAACAUUUCAUACAAUCACAACUGAAAUGUCAAGGAGAGCCGAUUUCACCAGCAGGUACAGAGCCUAAGCAAACAAAUGUAGUGGCAAAAUCAACUAUUUUUAUCCAACCUCAGAGCUUCAGUGAACGGAAACCGCCACCAUUAUGUCCUACAACCACUUCGGUACCGACUUUAACUGUUUCAAUUAGCUCAUCUAAAAAACCUGAUGUAACAGAAAAACCACAGUCUACAAGUAUUUCUGUACCCGAACACAACAUUUCAGAACAAUGCAAACAGGAGCCAACUGAUUUUCGAAGCAUAUCACCUUUCAACAACAAUAAAGUGGACAGGAACAUUAGUUAUGAAUUACCUGAUUAUUCAAAGUAUGCUGCUAAAAAUGUAACAAAACCAUCACAGAUGACUGAUAGAGACAUACAAGGAACCAAAGAUGCAUUAAUUCAAGACCUUGAAAGAAAACUAAAAUUUAAAGAUGACAUUUUACACAAUGGAAAUCAACGUUUGACAUAUGAAGAAAAAAUGGCUCGCAGACUUCUUGGACCUCAAAAUGCUGCCUCUGUAUUUGAAGACCAAAGUGCAGAAAAUACUCAAGAUCCAAAGCAAAUGUCAGAAAGAAUUCAGAACUACCCACCAAAACCAAGGAGUCGAUCAUCUACUGAAGGAGGAAAUGAAAAUGGCAUGAUACAAGAGAAAUGUUUUGCUCCACGGUUCUUACAAGUUCCAGAAAAUUUAGUUGUGGAGGAAGGACGAUUCUGCAGGAUAGAUUUCAAAGUUACAGGACUUCCAAAUCCAGAUAUAACAUGGUACAUGAAUGGGAGACUAAUUCAAGCAGAUGACUUACACAAAAUGAUAGUUUCUGAAAAAGGUGUUCAUUCAUUCAUAUUUGAAGUAGUCCAAGCAUGUGAUGCUGGAUUAUAUAAGUGCAUAGCCACUAAUCGUGCCGGGGAAGCAUUUUUUAAUUUACAGUUUGAUGUACGUGCUCAAGAAUACAAAAUACCUCCGUACUUUAUCAAGAAACCAGCAGCAACAAGAGCAUAUGAAGGAGACAAUGUACAAAUGGAAUGCCAAAUCCGUGCAAGUCCACAACCUAACAUAUUGCUGAAAAAAAAUAAUGAGAUGCUCCAGUACAAUACAGACAGAAUAAGGUUGAUUCAAGACAGUAAUGGAUUAGUCUAUCUUUUUAUUUAUAAUGUGAAAAAGUCAGAUGAUGGAUGGUAUACGAUAUCAGCUGUAAAUGAAGCAGGAAUAGCAACCUGCCAUGCUCGUCUUGAUAUUGGAACACUUCACCAUCAACCAGUUCCAAAUACAAAACAGCUGAAGGUUAGACCAACAUUUGGCAAGUAUUCUACGCUAAGUGGACAGAGACAAAAUGCACAACGGACUGUUUCACUGAAUACAGAAUUUCAGACUGCAUUACCUGUAUAUGCUGGACUUCUUGAAAGUGAUGAAUUGUAAAUCAAAUAGCAAGGAAUUGAGUGCAACAAAAAACUGAUUUUGCAUGCCUUAUUAUAAAUUAGCAAACGGGAUUUAUAGAGAAUAUGUCAUCUAUGUAGCAUUUAAAAAUAUUUAGCAUAUCUAGAUUAAUGUGCUCUAAAUACCAUAACUACUACAGCUCAAUGUCGUGGUUAAUGUGCUGUGUCUAUGAGAGCUAUUCCCAGGUUUCUCUCUAAGCAUUUUGAGUAGCAUUCCUAAAACCUGGACUUUCCCAAGCAUCCUCUGCCACAACAUACAUAAUAAUGUGGUAAUAUGAGCAGCCACCAAUCUGUCAUUGCCAUUCAAGUUUGAUAGCAUUUGUUGUGAUAAUUUAAAAGUUAAAUUUCAACUUUAUGCAGAGGCUUUAUUGCCAAACUAUUAAAAAAAAUAAUUGAACAGAUAACCAGGACAUUGUUCUUAUAGGUUCAUAUUGCAAUAUGUACUAUAAUGAGCAGUACUGGUUAUGGUCAUUUUGUUGCCCCUUUAAAAAAAUAUGAUAGCAGAAUGCCUUGACUUUCCAUAAUUACAUAUAUAGAAUUUUAAGAUUCCAAUGAACACUGCACUCACCUCUAACUGGGAGCUUCAUCCAAAUUAGGAAACUGCUUGUUUCACAUCCGUAGCAAAAUGAAAACAAAUAUUAGGGCUUUUACAGGUCUGCAGUUCAGUUAAAUGUUAUAAGUGCACAUUGGCACAGGUUUGCAAUGUUUCGGUCUAAAACUAAUUAAUUAAGGUCUUUUUAUGUUCCACAAACACAUAGCCAAAUACUUUUUAGAUGCAGUGUCUCUUCGGUUUUUAACAUUAACAAUGAAAUCAUACAAUAAUGCUAUUUGAUUUAUUUGUUUAAAUAAUUCCCAAAAUCGACAUUUGUUGAAAAGUAAACUAUUAUUUUAAGGUAUCUAGGAGUAUAAUCAGUGCAACAUUAAUGGUAAUGAUGUGCAACUGUGUUAAAAAAAAAACAAAGUGACUGUUAUAGAAUCAUUAAUAUUUGCAUGUACUUUCAUUAUAUGAAGAUAGCAUUGUAAUUUAUUUGCUAUUAUUUUGUGAGUACUAAAAUACAUGUAUUUUGUGUGUUCACAUUCAUUGCUGCUGUAUAAAAUAAA